AUGAUACUUUCCCCGUUACUAUGGAUUUUGGUCCUACACGCAGUCAUGGGCGGCUACGUUCCACCUGGACCGCGGUUCAGGUGUCCCAGGGAACCCAAGUACAUCUAUCCUUGCGAGUGCGUUCGCGGCAGCGACAGAGGACUUUACAUUCGUUGCGAGAACACCAAUCUGGCGAGCUUGAGCUUGGCCUUCUCCAAUUUAGGGAACGAGGGCAUGCCUAUCGAGGAACUCAUUUUGUUCAAGUGUAACAUAGGUCGUUUUUACGGACCCGCUCUCUAUCCGCUGGAUGUUCGAGUGCUGAAAUUCGUGGACACCCCGUUGAAGCUGAUCGAGGAGCACAGUUUUCUCGGCGUGAACAGGACACUGCAAGAACUGUACGUGAUAAACAGCGUGUUGGAAAAGUUCCCGCGCCAGGCGCUGCAAAUUUUAGGAAAUCUCAGCAUCCUGAGCAUCGCUGGCCAUCGAAUCUCCACUUUGCCGGCAGAUUGUUUCGCCGACAGCGCUGCUGCCGCAAAAAUUGAGAAACUGGAGAUUAGCAACGGCACUCUGACAUCGUUACCCGUGGAAGCAUUGACACCCCUAAAGAAGCUAAAGAGGCUGGAUCUGCAUGGAAACGAGAUCAAGGAGCUUAAACGAAAUCAGUUUAAGGGUUUGAGGGACACGGAGUACGUGGACUUGUCCCACAAUCUGAUUAAUAAACUCGAUGGCUCUCAUUUGGCUGAUCUGACGAAAAUGGGCUGGUGCAAUCUGUCUCACAAUGCUAUUGCAGAUUUGAAAAGAGGAACCUUCGCAAGGAACUCCCUGCUGAAAGUACUCAAUCUGAGUCACAAUAAGAUCAGAAAGCUUGACUCCAAUUCCUUUCGUGGCAUGCGUUUCCUCGUAAGACUGUAUUUAAGCGACAAUCAGAUAAACGACGUCGGAAGGGGAACCUUUGGACCUGUAACUAGGAUAGGUACCAUCGAUCUGGCGAGAAAUUUUAUCAAGAAGAUCGACUUUCAGAUGUUUAAUCAAUUACAAUUCGCAGAACUACUAGAUGUAUCCGAAAAUUUCGUGACAGUCGUAGAGAAACUCUCUUUCAAAGAUCUGUAUUUGGCAAAGAUAAAUUUAUCUCAUAACGAGAUCUCGAAGAUAGAGCCAGGUGCUUUCGAGAACUGCGUGAAUAUCACGAUCUUGGACCUAAGUCACAAUAAGCUAGAAAAUAUUUCCAAAUACUCCUUCGACAGUACUACUUACGCCAUGGAGCUACAAUUGAGUUACAAUCAAUUCACCAGUCUUAACCAGGUGCCGCUUCACAACAUGACCGGGCUGAAAGUUCUCAACGUGUCCCAUAAUUCGAUUCAUUCGGUGCCUCGUCAAACAUUCCCAAAGCUGUACGAGCUGCAUACAAUCGAUCUGUCUCGUAACAAUUUAUCCGAAAUCCACAACGCCGUAUUUCAAACGCUCUUCAGCCUUCGUCUCUUGAAUCUGUCGUAUAAUUCACUGGAGAAAAUAAAACCGUCUACGUUUGGUCCACUGCCAACACUGUUGGAGCUGGACAUGAGUUACAAUCAAUUGAACGACGUUGCUCGUGGCAGUUUAACCAGAUUGUCAAGCUGCAGGAGACUGACAGUCAGGAAUAAUCGAUUGACCAAAAUCUUCCAAUUACCCAUCUCUCUGGGUAGUUUAGACUUUGCCGAGAAUUGGUUGGAAGAAAUACCCACCACGGACGUGUGGCCCGCAAUGAACGCCCUUCUCUCCUUGGACCUUUCCGCGAAUCGACUGGGCGAUAAUCUCAAGUAUGGAAGCUUCGAAAAUUUGCUUACCUUGAGGUCCUUGAAUCUGCAGUCGAAUAACAUGACGAAACCACCUUGGGAAGCACUAAGCACGCUAACUAGCUUGCAGUAUCUCUACAUGCAGGGCAACCAGCUGACCGAACUGGGAAAAUCCGCGUUCGGACGUCUUCCGAUAGUGUUCGAGCUUAACGUGGCUGAUAAUCAAAUAUGGAACGUGAGCAUGCGUGCAUUCGAAGGGUUGCUGCAGUUGCUGACGUUAAACCUGACGAACAAUAAACUUACCCGUAUCCCGAAUGGAGCGUUCCAGGGUCUCGUUUCUUUGAGAACUCUAGAUCUUUCGCAUAACAAGAUCGAAAGACUGGACAACAAAACUCACGGGCUACUAGACGAUUGUUUGUCUCUAGAGAGGGUGAAUCUCAGUCAUAAUAAGAUUUCCUUCAUUGCCAAGAAAACAUUUCCCAACGAUCCGUGGAUUCCGUAUCGGUUAAAGGAAAUCGACCUUUCGUACAACACCAUGCCCGUGUUGACUCACGAGCUUACCGUAGGGACGAAAAAGAUCCAGUAUUUGAACAUCAGUCACAAUAACAUUAACGAGAUUCGAAAAUACGUACUUGGGAAUUUAACAACGUUGCAAACACUGGAUCUUUCCUACAACGAGAUCAACGACCUCUCGGAACCGGAUAUCUUCGAUCCACCGUCGAAUCUGACUAAUCUGUACCUGAGUCACAACCGUCUGACUUACCUUCCCUUGAACAAGAUUCUGCGACUGUCGAAUUUGAAAAUUCUCGAUGUGGAACACAACGAAAUCGAAGUCUUCGACGAUCUGUUUAUGAAGAUCAUAGAAAACGCCACAGAACUUCGCUAUUACGGAAACCCAAUGCACUGUGAUUGCCACGCGAGACCCUUAAAGAGGUGGCUGGCCACGCACACGGAAAUACCAAAGGAAUGGUCGAAGGUUAGCUGCGAAAGUCCGCAUUUCCUGAAUCACAAAUCGCUCUCAGAAGUCACGGAAGAUUUGAUGGGGUGCGGAGAUAGAGAACCGAAAGACUAUCCCGACGAAUUCGAUAUCACACCCGACGUGAAGUAUCGGAACAUCGAGUACAACGAUGAGGAUAAAAGCUGGAAAGCGACGUGGUACGUGACGUCGCGAGAAGACAUCGGGGACUUUUACGCGGUAGUGCGAGAAUCUGGGAGCAGCAAGUCUGCCAUCGAGAAAGACCUGGUUUACAGCGAGAGGUCCCUUAAAAUUCAGGAUCUCGAGGAUCCCGGGACUAAGUACGAGUUGUGCGUACUCGCGAGAGACUCGGAGGGGAACGUGAAACAUUUUCGUAGCUCGCAGUGUCAGAUAUUAGCGCAGCACACGUUCGAUUCCUCGUCGGGGUGCACGGCAAACGCGUUCCUGAUCUUAAUCGCCGUGUCCUUCGGUAUUCUAGCGUGA